UCCCAGGUUAAUGUUGGGGUUCAUGUUGACCACCAUGUUCUUGUCCAUGUGGAUCAGUAACACAGCUACUACAGCUAUGAUGGUCCCUAUUGUCGAGGCUGUGCUUGGAGAACUUGCUCGUGAACAAGAGUCCAGGGACGAAAUCUCAAUGAACAAUAUUAAAGCAAUUGCAUCACCAGAAAGCCUCACAAUCGAAAGUCAAGAGAAAAUGGCAUACGAUAUAACAAAUGCAACGAAAGACGCCGUGGAGAGCCCUGUAAAUAAUACAGACAACAAUACAAAAAUAUCCCAGUCUACACUGCGCGUUGCCUUACUACUGAGUGUAGCUUACGCAGCUAACUGUGGAGGAACAGGAACGUUGACCGGUACAGGGCCUAACCUCGUUCUCAAGGGUCUCUACGAAAGCUACUUUCCUCAGGCUAAAGACGUUACUUAUGGGUCCUGGAUGACGUACAACGUGCCUAGUAUGUUAUUGUGUGUUCUGAUAGCCUGGGCCUUUUUGCAAGUUAUCUUUAUUGGUGUUCGUUGUAGAUCAAAAGAAAUCAGUAAAAAGCAAGAUGCUAUUAGGAACAUCAUUCUUUGCAAGUAUAAAGAGCUAGGCGUAAUAAGUUUCCAUGAAGCAGCUGUAUUGAUUCUGUUUAUAAUACUGAUAUUACUGUGGCUUCUGAGAGACCCUGAGUUUAUGCCCGGCUGGGCUUCUCUUUUCAGUUCUGAUGUAAAAAUUGACGAUGCCACCCCAGCCAUUGCUAUCAGUAUGUUGUUGUUUAUAUUACCUGCUAAGCCUCGGCAGUUCAGGUCAAGCCCACCAUUAUUGGACUGGAAAACAGCACAGGAUAAGAUGCCUUGGGGAGUAUUAAUACUGCUUGGAGGAGGAUUUGCUUUAGCUAAAGCAUCAGAGGAAUCAGGUUUAUCGGUGUGGAUUGGUAACCAGCUGAUGUAUCUAGAUUCCUUGUCCCCAGCAGCCAUCGUAUUUGUACUGUGUGUCAUGACAGCAGCCUUGACAGAAAUAGCGAGCAACACAGCAACUGCGACAGUGCUGCUACCUGUUAUCAAACAACUUAGUCUGGCUUUGGAUGUUCAUCCUUUGUACAUGAUGUUACCAGUCACAGUCACGUGCUCCUUUGCCUUUAUGUUGCCUGUUGCUACACCGCCUAAUGCAAUAGUGUUUGAAAGUGCAAGGAUGAAAACGUUAGACAUGGUGAAACCAGGUGUAGUCAUGAACAUUAUCUGUGUUUGUGUUCAAGUUUUAUUGAUCAACACACUUGGCAUGGUGAUUUUCGACUUCAGCACACUCCCGAAUAAGUCCAACAGCACCUUUGAAGCGAUAAACACAACUGCUCCUUCUUCACUUUCAAGUUCUCUGCUACCAAUAUUUAAUGUUACAAACAUGUCAUAUGUAGGGUAGGCCUAUUUUCGGCAGCAUUAGUUUUAGUUAUCUCUUUGAACAAUGAAAACUUAGUAAUUUUACAGAUUCAUUUGAAAACUUGUCAUUACUCUGACAAUUCAGUUUACUUUUAGCAAUUUUUUAGAUCCAGUAUAACUACCAUGUUAUCUGUUAAAACACUCAAA